GCACAGACACCCGAAUUUAGGUGAUCCUGGAUAGGGGCUCGGCUGGGCCAAAGCAUCCCAACCUCUGCCAACCCAGCGCAGGCCAGGCCUCAGCAUGUUGUUGUUUUUCCAGCUUACAAAACUCUCCCGUUACACAAGGCUGCAUUCCUGGGAUUGCGCCAGGGGAUCCGGGGGGGGGGAGGAGGGGAGUUUCAUAACCGGCCCCCUCCCCGGGGCGGGACCACCAAAUGCCUUAAAUUCGGGGUGGAUGUGAUGGGAGCAUCUUCGACAGGAGAGAGAGGAGCCCGCCUGAAUCUUCACCGCCUGGAAACCCCACAGACUGAGGGAAGCCCCCAUCCCAGCAAUGCUGCACACCAAAGCUGCUCCUCUGCUGCUGCUGCUGCUCCUCCUGGUGGGGUUUGGCGCCUGUGAAGAGAGGGAAGUGUCUCCCUGCAAGAAGGGCCGCGAGUGCUUCUCCUACACGCUCGUCUGCAACGGCUCCGGCUACGAGGCUCGGCGCUACCCGCCCUCCGUCUGGGUGGGCACCCGCGUCAGCGACGGCUCGGCUUACCUCCCGGCCCUGAUCCACGGCUUCUGGCGGCUCUUCCGCUACAUCCAAGGGAAGAACGCGGCCGGGGUCCACAUCCCCAUGACCGGCCCGGUGCUGACCCGAGUCCGGGACGACCCGGAGAGCCGCGAGUUUGAAAUCUACUUCAUGCUGCCGGAGGCCUUUCGGGGGGACCCGCCUGCCCCCACCGAGGAGACGGUCUUCAUUGAGCGCUUCCCGGAGCUGCGCGUCUUUGCGCGCGUCUUCGGCGGCUGGAUUACGGACACCAACCGCUUGGCGCAGCUGCGCUACCUGGACGGGCAACUGAGCGCCCACGGGCACCUCCUGCAGGCUGGCCAGCACUACACCGCUGGCUACAACAGCCCCAUGGAGAUUUUCAACAGGCGCAACGAGGUCUGGCGAGUGGCGGAGGGAGAGCUCAGCUGCAGCCCCACCCUCCAGGAAUAAUUAUUUGCGACCCCAUCGAGGAAGCCUGCUCAACCUCAUCUUCUUCCUGCCCCCCAAAGAAUGGGGGAGCUGGAAGGGUCCACCCAGAGGCCAUGUAGUCCACCCUCUCCUUGCCGGCAGAGCCCGAGGUAUCUCUUCAUGCUCCACGUGAACUGGCUGCCACCCCCC